UUCAAAUGACAAAAUACUCAGAAGUAAUUAAAAUACGUAUUUCAAAUACAUGUAAUAUAAAUACUAACCAUCUCUGCCUACUACCCAACACACUGUCAUACUUCCUUAUCAAAGAAACCACACCCCCUCUACAUACAGAGAACAGUCCAGUAGGAAGCCACUCCCUGUCCUCUGGUGUAGAGUUCCAUGAAACAGAAAGUCAACUUUCACACUGCCAUUGCUCAACCUUCACACUGCCAUUGCUCAACCUUCAGGAGAGAGCACCAAAAUGGCAGAGAAUCAGGAACUGUUCUGUUGCUCUAUCUGUCUGGAUCUACUGAAGGAUCCGGUGACUGCUGCCUGUGGACACAGUUACUGUAUGGGCUGUAUUAAAGAAAGCUGGGAUCAGGAUGUUCUGAAAGGUGUCUACAGCUGUCCCCAGUGCAGACAGACCUUUACCCCAAGGCCUGUUCUGAAGAGAAACACCGUGCUGGCUGAAGUGUUGGAGAAACUGAAGAAGACAGGACUCCAAGCUGCUCCCCCUCCUGCUCUGUGCUAUGCUGGACCUGGAGAUGUGGCAUGUGAUGUCUGCACUGGGACCAGAAAGCAGAAAGCCCUCAUGUCCUGUCUGGUGUGUCUGGCCUCUUACUGUGAGACUCACCUCCAAUCUCACUAUGAAUCUCCUGCUUUGAAGAAGCACAAGCUGGUCAAAGCCACCGCACAACUACAGGAGAAGAUCUGCUCUCAUCAUGACAAACUGCUGGAGGUUUACUGUCGUACCGAUCAGCAGUGUAUCUGUUAUCUGUGUACAAUGGAUGAACAUAAAGGCCAUGAUACAGUGUCAGCUGCAGCAGAGAGGACUGAGAAACAGAGGCAGCUGGGGAUGAGUCAGCAGAAGGUCCAGCAGAGAUUCCAGGAGAGAGAGAAGGAGCUGAAGGAGCUCCAACAGGCUGUGGAGUCUCUCAAGCGCUCUGCACAGGCAGCAGUGGAGGACAGUGAUCAGAUCUUUACUGAGCUGAUCCGCUCCAUUGAGAGAAGGAGCUCUGAGGUGAAGGAGCUGAUCAGAGCCCAAGAGAAGGCUCAAGUGAGUCAAGCUGAAGGACUCCUGGAGCAACUGAAGCUGGAGAUAGCUGAGCUGAGGAAGAGAAGCACAGAGCUGGAGCAGCUCUCACACACAGAGGAUCACAUCCAUUUCCUCCAGAGUUAUCAGUCUCUCUCAAAUAUCAGUGUAUCUUCAGACUUACCCAGCAUCGUUGUCCGUCCUCUUCAGUACUUUGGAGAUGUGAGUAAGACUGUGUCUGAACUGAGAGAGAAACUAGAAGACUUCCUUAAAGGAGAAUGGACCAAGAUCUCCACUACAGUGAAUAUAGUGGAUGUUUUAAUGCCUCCAGAGCCCAAGACCAGAGAACAGUUGUUACAAUAUUUCUGUCAGCUCACACUGGACCCAAACACAGCGCACACACACCUCUCUCUGUCUGAAGAGAACAGAAAUGUGACCUGUACAGGCCAAGUCCAACCAUAUCCUGACCAUCCAGACAGAUUCACCAACACCUACCAGGUUCUGUGUAGAGAGGGUCUGUCUGGGCGCUGUUACUGGGAGGUGGAGUGGAGUGGUGGAUUUGUUAAUACAGCAGUCUCCUAUAAAGACAUCAGCAGAACAGAGAAAGGGAGAUAUAGUGGAUUUGGACACAAUAACAAGUCCUGGAGUUUAGAGUACUCUAUGGGUGGUUAUUGUUUCAGACACAAUAAUGUUUUGACCGAAGUAUCAGGUCCUCUGUCCUUCAGAGUAGGAGUGUACCUGGAUCACAAGGCAGGUACUCUGUCCUUCUACAGUGUCUCUGACACAAUGACCCUCCUCCACAGAGUCCAGACCACAUUCACUCAGCCCCUCUAUCCUGGGUUUUGGCUCAAUGGAACUGCUGAGCUGGUUAAACUGUAUUAGGGUCCACAUAGAUACUAGUCAUGCUGGUGUAGUCUAUAGCUGAGCUGGUUAAACUGUAGUA